AUGUCCCAAAGACAGAUCUCGACCUCCGAGAUAUCUUCUCACAAUAAAGACACUGACUGUUGGAUAGUCGUCGACGGUCAAGUCUGGGACAUCACAAAAUUCGCGCCAGAGCAUCCAGGUGGUCCUGGGAUAAUAUAUAAAUACGCUGGCCGAGAUGCCACGCAAGCAUAUAACGAAAUUCACUCUCCCUCGAUAAUAAAAAACAAUCUGCCCAAAGACGCCUUGAAGGGCACACUCGAUACGACGACGGUGACAAAGGAAUGGGCGACACCUCUGGCCAACGAAACACCACAAUCCGCCCCGGCCUCAGCAGCAGAAAAACCACCGCUAGACUCGAUCAUCAACACGCACGAUUUCGAACUCGCUGCGCAACACAGUGCAACAGCAAAGACAUGGGCAUUCUACAGUUCGGCAUGUAAUGACUUGAUCACCAAAGACCUCAACGCAUCAUUGUUUACCCGCGUAUUAUUUCGGCCAAGGGUGAUGCGCAAGGUGGACAAGAUUAGUCCUGCGACGAGCAUCCUCGGUCACGAUGUGUCUUUUCCACUCAUGAUCUCCCCAGCAGCAAUGGCUCGCUUGAUUCACCCAGAUGGUGAGCUUGCCAUCGCACGCGCUACGAAAUCGCAGUCCAUUAUUCAGUGCAUCUCAAACAAUGCAUCUUACUCAGCUAGCGAGAUAGUGUCUCAAGACGUUGUGACUGAUUACCCCUUCUUCUUCCAACUCUACGUCGAUCGCCAAAGGCAUAAAUCCGAGGCUCUGCUACGCAAAAUUCAUUCACACAAGAACAUCACGGGCAUCUUCGUCACGACCGAUGCUGCAGCAGCCGGAAAGCGUGAGGCCGACGAGCGUGUAAAGGCCGACGAAACGAUCCAGAACCCCAUGAUGACGUCGAAUGCCACGAACGACAAGAAGGGUGGUGGCUACGGUCGGCUGAUGGGUAGCUUUAUCGAUCCGAACCUCAACUGGGCAGACAUCACUUGGUUGCGGUCCCAGACGAAACUACCUUUGGUUCUCAAAGGCAUCAUGUCCGCCGACGACGUGAGGUUAGCACUGGAACACGGGCUGGAUGGCGUCGUGCUGUCAAACCACGGCGGACGAAACCUCGACACCAGUCCGCCUGGGCUACUCGUCUUGAUGGAAAUCCACGCACGCUUCCCCGAGAUCAUCACGCAGCACCAUCCACGCUCGGCCGCGGUUCGCCAGGGUCGAGCCCGUCCUUUCUCCAUCUUUGUGGAUGGAGGCGUACGUAGAGGCACGGAUAUCCUCAAGCUGGUGUGCCUUGGCGCUGUCGCUGCAGGGGUUGGAAGGCCUGCACUCUUCGCGACUGGCUAUGGCCAGGAAGGUGUUGAGCAUUUGAUCGAGAUGCUGAAAGACGAAUUCGAGACGGCGAUGCGCAAUAUUGGUGUUACGAGUAUAGAUGAGUGUUCGCCAGACUAUAUCAACUCCGGGGCUAUAGAUAAGUGGGUGGUCAAGAGGAGGGAGCAUCCGUAUGCUGUUUCUUGGGCAUCAUCUGGGCGACAGAGUAAAUUAUAG